CCGGGGCCGUGAUUGGCUGACACGGUCAUCACGCAGACGCGUCAAGCUUUGGCGGCGAAGGGCCUUCCUAACAUGGGGCGACAGGGCAUUCCUCGCUGGAAUCGAGUCUAUCAGUUGCUGAAUUGGGCAUUUCUGGUGAUGCCUUGAAACAGUCCACGAUCCAUAAUUCUUUCGAUUUGGCAAAAUUUCUGUUCUUUGCCCGUCUUUGUCAACCACAAAUCUCAAGUUAUUCUUCUGUCUCCCUUUCAGCCUUACAGCCUUUGGCUCCCUCUACAACUCCUCCAAACGACCUAUACAAUGGAGGACUCCGAAAUGACAGCCGAGGACAUCGCCCUCGAGACGCCCCUGUCCAACGUCUUCAUCCCGCCGUCCGUCGACUCUGCAGCACUCCUGCGAGGCGACUCAUACACAUACUUUUCCCCUGUGCCAACGGCCCUACUCCCUCCCGCCACAUCCCCUCCACCAACAACAGAAAUCGCCAGCGGCCCGCCCUGCGCCCUCGGCGUCGACGAGGCCGGGCGCGGCCCCGUGCUCGGGCCGAUGGUGUACGGCGUGUUCUACCUACCACUCCCGCUGUCGGACCCGCUGCUACGAGACGCGCACCACUUCGACGACAGCAAGGUGCUCACGGCGGCGGUGCGGUCGUCGCUGAUGGAGGCGCUGUGCAAGGCGGGGAGCGACCUGGCGGGGUCGUGCGGGUGGGCGAUGUCGGCGCUGUCGGCGCGGGACAUAGGGUCGGGGAUGCUGCGGCCCGCGGGGGCGGCGUAUAACAUCAACGCGCAGGCGCUGGACGCGACGGUGGCGCUAAUCCGCGGCGUAUACGCGCGCGGCGUCAACGUGCGCGAGAUCUACGUCGACACGGUCGGCAUCCCCGCCACCUACCAGGCCAAACUCGAGCGCGUCUUCCCCACGGCCAAGAUCACCGUCGCCAAGAAGGCCGACAGCCUGUACCCGUGCGUCAGCGCAGCGAGCGUGUGCGCCAAGGUCACGAGGGACGCCGCGCUCGAGACCAUGUGGAAGAUUAGGGGUGGUGUGGGUGCGGGCGCGGGUGGGGAGGGUGACGACGAGACCAUGGCCUGGGGGUCGGGCUAUCCGUCAGAUGGGCGGUGCGUGUCGUGGAUGAAGGGCAAUAUGCACCCCGUCUUUGGCUGGGGCCCCGAGUGCAGGUUUAGCUGGGGCACCGCCAAGGGCAUGCUGGAGGCCGGAAAGGCGGGUUCCGUCAAGGUCGAGUGGCCGGUGGACGACGACGGGGACUCGCACCGCGUGACGGACUUUUUCCAGGCAAAGGACCAAGAAAAGGACGGGGACGAGCUGGGGACGUGGUUUGGCACACCGGCCGGUCUGGAAGCAUUUUGA